UUUUCUAAAAAAAUUUGGUCUGGGAGACGACGGCAGUGGGAGGAGAAGGCUCUGGAGAGAGCGGGGCGGACAGCGAUUCCCUUCGCCAUUGAGAUCUAGGGUCAGGGUUUCUGGCUUCUCGGAUCGAUCGGUUCUGGUCCGAGGUGAUUUUGUGGGAGGAUCCGGUGAAGUCUGGAGCUCCGAGGUUUUGAGGAGCUUGGAAGUAUUUUUGCCAUCGCAGUAAAUAUGAGGCUGGAUUCGACGGUAUUUUAUAGCUUUGGUCCGGGAUAAAGUAUCUGGAGGGAUGUCAGAUCAUGAGGCAAUGUUGAGGAACUUAGUUGUUAACUGGUUUGUCCAGACGGAAAAUGUUACUUGGUUUGAAUUUGAUGAGAGUGGUCACCAAAUGCAUCAUCAAGGUGGUGAAAGGGUUAAAGAACCUGUAGCAUUAGGUGAUUUUCUUAAAACGCCACAGUAUGAAGUAGGAAAUGAUGAUGGAAAGAGCACAAGCAGCAGAGGAUCUAAGAAUAAAAAAGUUCUUCAGGAAAAAUAUGAAAGAGCUUUUCGUCCUUCUCCAAAGGUUGGAAGCUCCACUGUACCAGAGGGCUCAUGGUCUCAUGAAUCAAGAAAAGUAGUUCCAGCAAUUUAUAAUCCUAAUUCCUUCGGAGACUUCACUUCUUUGGCUUCCCAAGAUGAUGCUGGACUUGUUUAUGUGGAAAAUCAACACAUGGACAGAGAAAAUGAUAUCCUAUAUCAUGAUUUGCCUGACACUGGCAGUUUCGAGGAUAUUGAUAGAAUGCUUAGGAUUUGUGAAUCCACAUUUGGGCAAGGAAGCAGCUCUGCAGAUGAGCUAUCAUGGUUUUCAUCUUCUUCACAAAGCACCUAUGGGAUAGGAGAUGCUUUCAAAUCAUACUCACAAUCUUCAAUUUUAGACCCAACAGCUUUAUAUGGUACAUUAGCACAUCACAGAGCAAUAACCAAUGUUUUUCCUGAAAGCAAUCCGUUUGCUGAUGAUAGUGAUAAGAUCUUGGGUCAUUGUUAUCGAUCUUUUGUACCAGUCAGCAGUGGUGAAAAUAAGAGUGACUGUACACCGCAAGAAAAGGCAUAUGAUGGGGAUGGAAGUACUGAAAUUAAAUCAACUCUUAUACAAGUCGGCGAUGAAAAUAGCUUGAAUGAAUGUGAGAAUUUUAAUAUGAUUAAUAUGCACUUAAAGAAGCUGCGAAGACCAUACUUAUUUGAAGGAAAUGAAAAAGAUCAACUUUCAGAAUCUACAAGUAACAUGUCUUUCUGUGGCCCUGGCCAAAUGCAGCAAAUUGCUGAUCAGGAUAAUGUCUCUUCAGUUUUCUCAGCUCAACCUUAUUCCUCUCAACUUUUUCCGAAGCAAAAUCAUGUUUGGGGAUCUAGUUCUUCAAGCAACAUGCACACCUUCAGGCUUCGUGCACAACUUGAAGGAAUCCUUCCUCUUCAUCAGGAUCUGUUUGCACAGAAAACAUUAAGCAUUUUAUCUGCAAGUGAUUAUAAUCCUUCCUCCUCUUAUGAAGUCUCUGCACAUGCUAGCAAUUAUUUUCCACAGUGCAUGGAGAACUUGCCUGUUCCUUUGUCUGAGCCUCCAGCUAUGAUGCCUGAGGAAAUCAAUGAGAAACCAUGCCUUGAACAGAUUUUAUGUGGUGCAUCGUCUGCUAAGCAUCCAUCUCACCUGUCUUCAUCAACAAGUAUAACAUCACGUCAGGAACAGCACCAUACAUUUCAGCAUGAAAUUAGAGGUGACAGUGUACAAAAGGACAUAAGCUUUAAACUUCCAGCAAUUGAGACAGAUUCUUCAACCAUACAAGAAAGCCCUUGCAUGACGUCUGGCUUUUCUGAUGAUAUCUCACUGAAAGCAAUUAGCUUUCAACAGCUUCAGGAUGUCAUGCUUCAGUUGGAUAGUGGAACAAGACUCUGCAUAAGAGAUAGUUUGUACCGUUUGGCACAGAGUGCUGAAAGAAGACAUAAUUUCAUUUCUGCAAACAAUUCCAGCAAAGAGAGAGGAGGAGGAAUUUUGGAUACAGAGGAACCAAACAGGUCUGCGGGGUAUAUAACUACUGAAACUGAAACAAAUUCAAUAGAUCGCUCAAUUGCACAUCUACUUUUCCACAGACCCUCAGAGACUGUGACAAGGUCCAGUGAAUGUGCAACGUCCCUUGAAUCGCAUAUGAUUCAGGAUGAACAGAUACAUGGUCAUGUACAGCUUCCAGGAAGUAAUUUCUGAUGAAUUUGGUCCAGCAAUGAGUAUUCAGUGGUUGUACUGAAGUUCCACAAAAGGAACUGAUUCAGCAAUAUGACAUUUGGUGCUUCAGCCACAGCUUCCACAUAAUGGACUGCUGCCCUUGCUCAGAAGUGUCAUUUGAGUGGUAUCGUAGUGAUGGGCAGGUUUUUAUGGUGUAAUUUUGAGUAUAAUUAGCUCUUUCUAACAUGGUUAUAUAUUAUAUCCGAGCUACUAUAACAUGUAUACCUUAGUUCUCACAUGGCACCAUUGAAACUAACUAAAAGGAUAAAAUAAGGUGAUAUGUAAACUCAUUGGUUCUUUAAAUAUGUGGAUAUUUAAGUCAGCGCUUUCAAGCCAUGUGGAAGAACAUGAUCCUUUUAGUUUAUUUAUUUUAUGUAUCUCUUAAAAAGCA